AAUUGUUAAUUAUUGUUAACAUUGUGUUUUUAUGUUAGGAUUUUUACACAUCGCAAAUGGCAGGAAUGUUUAGGUGCAGGGUGUGUUCGUUUGUGCCAAUUGCCAAGUUACUUGGACUUUAUGAUCCUGAGGAGGAAGAGGAGAGCCGUGUAAUACGUCGUAGAGAUAGUUUUGACAGUGCCGUGUCACCGUCGGUGGAUGAUAGGCUAAGCACGUGCUCUGCAGCUGAUCGUGAAGGUAAUCAAGCACCUCGUAGUGCUGAGGAGAUAUCUUAUUUGGUGAAAUCAUGGGACACAUACGUUCACCAGCGUGCCAAAUCACUGUGGAACGAUGCAGCCAAACGUUAUGCCAUUUUAGGCAGCAUAGCUAGGGGAUGUCCUCGUUGUGAUGAUCCAGUUGUAGGAAGCGAUUCAGUUUGCGUUCGUUGGCAGGGUGCUGUUGAAGACGGAUAUCCAGUAAUUCCUAUCAGUAGCGAUGGGAAAUCUACUGGCAAGACAUCUUUCGUAACCCGUCUACUUGCUUUUUUGUUUGCUGACGAACAAAGUUAUGAGAUAAUUGAGAAUAUUCCCUAUCGCGCUUUUCGGAUGGCCUGCGGUGACAAGUUGUGUAUCACGUUGACGCAUAUAAGGCUUGAUUGAUAUUUUUAUCUGAUGCUUGUAGCAUUGUGUGUGUUGGCCUAUCGCACAUUUGUUUAU